AUGCAUAUAUGUAGUGUCUAUGUGCCACAGGUAAGCUUGGAUGGGGAUGUGAAGGAGAGUUUUUGGAAGGCUUUGGAUGAGGUGUUGAGAAGCGUGCCUAGAUCAGAUAUGAUUGUUAUAGCGGGGGACUUCAAUUGGCACAUUGGGGCUAUUCAUGGAGAUUAUGACGAUGUAUAUGGAGGUUUUAGUUUUGGUGAUAGAUAUAGUGAGGGGGUUGCCCUAUUGGAUUUUGCGAGGGCCUUUGGGCUAGUGUUUAUGAAUUCGAGCUUUUCGAAGAAGGAGGAUCACCUAAUUACCAUUCGAAGUGCUUUAGCAAAGACUCAGAUUGACUUUUUGCUACUUAGGAAGGGGGAUAGGGUUUUAUGUAAGUACUAUAAGCUCAUUUCGAGUGAGCAGCUUUUGACUUAG